AUGGGGCGGCUGUUCCUGAUGCGCCUGGACGGCAAUGUCUACAGCUGCAAGCACUGCAAGACCCACCUCGGCGUUGCCGGCGACAUCAUCUCCAAGGCCUUCCACUGCAAGCACGGGAAGGCGUACCUCUUCCAUAAGGUUGUCAAUGUGACUUCUGGAGUAAAAGAAGAUCGCAUGAUGAUCACAGGAAUGCAUACUGUUUCUGAUAUCUUCUGUGUUGGCUGUGGAUCCAUCGUUGGAUGGAAAUAUGAGGCUGCACAUGAGAAGAGCCAGAGAUACAAGGAAGGAAAGUUUAUUCUGGAGAGGUACAAGGUGUCGGGCCCUGAUGGAAGCCAAUACUGGAUUGCACCAGAUGUUAACUUGGACGGAAGCGACGCCGAUGAUGUAUGA